CCAAUCAUAAACAGCGUUGCUCCGAGGUGACCGCCUGACGGUUGUACGCAUGCGCACAAACAGGAGUUCGUGCGAUGUGAAGAAAGAGAGGUAAAGAGCGUGUUAAAAACGAGAUAAAAUGGACCCACAGAAAGAUGUUCAGCCGCCUAAACAGCAACCUAUGAUCUACAUAUGCGGAGAAUGUCACACUGAAAAUGAAAUUAAGGCCCGUGAUCCAAUCCGAUGCAGAGAGUGCGGUUACAGAAUCAUGUACAAGAAGAGAACAAAGAGAUUGGUUGUCUUUGAUGCCCGCUGAAGAAGAGAAGAGCAGCUCUUUUGAUUUUCUCUGAUUUGUGCUGUUUUUUUUAUGAACACUGUAAAUAGUUAGACUGACAACUCCAUGGAAUCUGACCUUCAGGCCUGGCUUCAGAUUUCUGUGCUAUGGUUGAAGCUCAACAUUUUCAUUGCCACACAAAGUGUACUGUUCAGUAAUGAAUGAAAGGUUUCUGUUUAUUAAAAAAAGAUGUUCACUGAC